CCUCCCUUCCCACGCCCCAGUGCGCUGUGGGAUAGUGGUACUAUAAAGUAUAUCCUCUCUCGGAGAAAGAUAAGAAGCCCGAGACAGGAGGGGGAUGAAGAUGGCGGACGCCAAGCAGAAGAGGAAUGAGCAGUUAAAGCGGUGGCUGGGCUCGGAAACGGACCUGGAGCCUCCUAUUCUGAAAAAGAAGAAGACGAAGGUGAAGUUCGAUGAUGGCGCCGUGUUUCUGGCCGCCUGCUCAAGCGGCGAUACCGAGGAGGUGCUCCGAAUGCUUGACCGGGGCGCUGACAUCAACUACGCCAAUGUAGACGGUCUCACCGCCCUCCACCAGGCAUGCAUAGAUGACAAUGUUGACAUGGUGACUUUCCUGGUGGAGCAUGGAGCCAGCAUCAACCAGCCUGACAACGAGGGCUGGAUCCCCCUCCACGCUGCAGCCUCCUGCGGAUACCUAGACAUAGCAGAGUAUCUCAUUAGCCAGGGUGCCAAUGUAGGAGUUGUGAAUAGUGAGGGUGAGACACCCCUGGACAUUGCUGAAGAGGAGGCAAUGGAGGAGCUCCUGCAGAAUGAGAUCAACCGACAAGGGGUGGAUAUCGAGGCAGCCCGGAAAGAAGAGGAGCGGGUCAUGCUGAGGGACGCUCGGCAGUGGCUCAACAGUGGCCAGAUUCAAGACGUCCGGCAUGCCAAGUCUGGAGGAACAGCACUCCAUGUAGCUGCUGCGAAGGGAUACGUUGAGGUUUUAAAGCUUUUAAUCCAAGCAGGGUAUGAUGUAAAUAUUAAGGACUAUGAUGGCUGGACUCCGCUACAUGCAGCAGCACACUGGGGCAAAGAGGAGGCAUGUAGGAUACUGGUGGAGAAUCUAUGCGACAUGGACCUCAUUAAUAAAAUGGGCCAGACAGCUUUUGAUGUAGCAGACGAAGAUGUUCUGGGAUAUUUAGAAGAACUACAAAAGAAACAAAAUCUGUUGAUGAGUGAGAAGAAAGAUGUUAAGAAAUCUCCUUUGAUUGAAACGACGACCACUGGGGAUAACAACCAAUCACUGAAACCACUCAAGAGCAAAGAAACACUGCUCCUGGAGCCAGAAAAGAGCGCCCCACGCAUUGAGACCCUAGAACCGGAGAAGGUGGAUGAAGAAGAGGAGGGGAAGAAGGACGAAUCGAGCUGCUCCAGUGAGGAAGAGGAGGAGGAAGAUUCAGAGUCAGAGACUGAAGCGGACAAGAGCAAGCCUUCGGCAUCGGUGAGCAACAGCACAACGCCCACCCCAACCAAUAUCACCGUGUCAUCUCCAACUAGCCCAGCCAACCAGGUGACAACCCCCACCUCACCAGUAAAGAAGGUCACUCAGCCUGCUGGAAAGGUCUCAACUAAAGUGGAGGAGGAGAGGAAGGACGAGUCUCCAGCAUCGUGGCGUCUGGGUUUGAGGAAGACGGGCAGCUACGGGGCACUAGCAGAGAUCACGGCCACCAAGGAGGCUCAGAGGGAGAAGGACACGACCGGGGUGAUGCGCUCAGCCUCAAGCCCUCGCCUCUCCUCUUCCCUGGACAACAAAGACAAAGAGAAGGAAAAGGACAAAGGAACCCGGCUCGCCUAUGUGGCCCCCACCAUCCCCAGGAGACUGGCCAGUACUUCAGAUAUUGACGAGAAGGAAAACAGGGACUCUACUGCUCUGAUACGUAGUGGCUCCUACACCCGGCGACGCUGGGAUGACGACAUGAAGAACAGCGAAGGAAGCGCCUCUACCAACCGAACCCCCAGCUACCAGCGCAGCACGUCCCAUACGCUAGCGCUAGGGCGGAGCGGCAGCACGCGGGACGUGCCAGCCAAGUCUUCGUCCACCUCCAGCUUGGACCCUAACACCUGUAAUACUAAACCCUGGCAGCCACCCGCCUCCCACUACCAGUCUUACAGCAUUUACCGCAGCGGUUCUUUUGGCAGAAGACAUGAGGACUUGAGCUCCUCGACCACAUCCUCCUCCACGACCACCACCACCUCCUCAUCUGUUACCUCGCCCACAGGCCACCGUGGCUUGCUCUCCAGCCUGGGCUCCACUUCCACGCGCACUGGCUCCACCAGUCUCACCAGCAGGUACUGGUCAGAGGAGAGUGCAGAGAGGGAGAAGGAGAAAGAGUCUGCUGCGGUCAUUCCCACUAUAAACACUGGCUCUACUACGACCACCACAUCUACCACUACCACCACCGCCGUAUCUACCACUACCACUGGCACUGUCACUGGCUCUGAAAGACGCAGGUCAUACCUGACGCCAGUGCGAGACGAGGAGUCGGAGUCCCAGAGGAAAGCUCGCUCCAGACAGGCUCGACAGUCGAGGAGAUCCACUCAGGGUGUGACUCUGACUGACCUGCAAGAGGCUGAGAAAACAAUCGGCAGGAGUCGUACCCCAAAGACCCGUGAGGAGGAGAAGGAGGAGAAAGAAAAGCAGGACAAGGAGAAGCAGCAGGAGGAGAAGAAGGAGACGGAGACUAAGGAGGAAGAUUACCGAUCGAAGUACCGUAGCUUCGAAGAGCGUUACCGGCCUUCAUCUUCCUCCUCCACCUCGGCCAUUUCCACAGUCAGCACUGCCACCACCCCAUCCUACUCUAGCACCACAUUGUCCUCCAGUUCCAGCUCCCUCAACAGGCCUAACAGUCUGACGGGGAUCACCUCCUCCUACAGCCGCUCCUCCAGAGAUACGGAAAAAGAAGCGGACAAAAAGGAGGAGGAGAAGGAGGGAGAGGACAAGUCUCAGCCCCGCUCCAUACGGGAUCGCAGGCGGCCCCGCGAGAAGAGACGCUCCACUGGGGUCUCCUUCUGGACCCAAGAUGGUGAUGAGAAUGACCCUGACCAGCACUCAGACUCAGAGGAGGGAAGCACCAAGGGAGAGCCACAGAGUGACAGAUUGUCCAGGAAUGAGAGCACUUCAUCCUUAGAUCGCAACGACACUCUUUUUAGCCGUAGCUAUGGUGAGAGUCGAAGGCCAUACUCGAGCCGACUGGAUAGAGACGACACCACUGACUAUAAAAAGCUCUAUGAGCAGAUCCUAGCUGAGAAUGAGAAGUUGAAGGCCCAGUUACGUGACACAGACCUGGAGCUGGCAGACUUGAAGCUACAACUAGAGAAGGCCACGCAGAGGCAGGAACGCUAUGCUGACCGAUCACAGCUUGAGAUGGAGAAAAGGGAAAGAAGAGCUCUAGAAAGGAAGAUUUCUGAGAUGGAGGAGGAACUUAAGCAUCCACCCAUCCAUCCAUCCAUCUACCCACUGCACCACCUCCUCGGCCGUAAUCCACUUGAUUGUGUGGCUGCUGUCCCGAUAGAACCGCUGAGUUUACAGAGCAAAAGGAAAAGGGUUGUGUGAGCAGCAUGUAAAAGCAUUGUGGGCGGGGAAGCCUGAAAACUAUUUAACCAAUAAGCCUUAGUUGUACAUAAAGAGAAAAAGAAAAACACUUGCAUCGAUCUCUUCUCUCUCUCGGCUAUCACUGAAGAACAGAUAUUAUCCAACACCUGAUUUUAUUUGUGCCACAGUCUCUCUUAUUUGAUGUAAUUUUUUUUUUCCUCUUCCUGUGUGUGCUGUGCAGUUUCCUCCUCCUCUCCCUCCCUCCAUCCCUCCAUCCUUAACCCCUUAAAGUGCCACUUUUGCCCCAUAUCAGCUCCUUGUGGCCCCUGUCACUCUUCCUGUUUUUUUUUUUCCCCUUCCCACUCACAGACCGGCACACACACACACACACACACACACACCCACACACACUCGCCCACCUUCUCCCCAUUUUUGUACCUCUGUAUGUCUUCCUCCAAGAGGGAAAAAAAAUUGAAUUCUCGCUUUAGCGAAACGAGGCGGACCUGGUGGAAUUUAAGCUUUCACUGUAUGUGCAAUAUGCAUUUUUUUUUUUUUUUAAUGCUUUAAUGAUGAGUCCAUCACAAGUAGGAUUUUUCACUCUUCCACCGCUUCCAUCGCUCACCUUCCUCCUUUUUUUUUUUUUUUUUUUUUUUUAAGUUUGUAGUAUAGUCAGUUUAUACUCUGUAUUUCUCACUUUGUUUUAGCAGGUACUGAGUGAUGCUGUAUAUACCUGUAUGUAUUUGUUUGAGACCAGCACAUGGCAUGCGUUUAUGGUUCCCGUCUGUUACUAUUAAAAGUAUACAAAUUCCAGAGGACAAAAAGGUGUGUUUUAAUUAUUUUUCUUUUAUAGUCUAAAGACAUUGGAUAAAGUACAGUAGAGCCUCUCUCUUACAUGGGAUGGCUGGCAGUGCUCAGUGCUUUACUUUCCAGUUUAAAAUAAGUGUUCACAAAAUUGUGAGAUAAAAAAAAAAUAAUCGCUUCACUACAUUUCACUUUCAUUGUAUUCAGUAUCUUGGAAGAGUGCUGUUAUUUUUGUUUCCAAUUUUUUUUUUUUUUUUUAAAAAGCUGUAGUAUUAUAGCCAAGGUGUUGUCACUUAAAAAAAAAAAAAAAAAAAAAGAAUAUCUUAGGUAUCGCUAACCCAGUCCUUUUUACAAUGUCUACAUGCACUGUCAAUGCCAUGUGAGGGGUCUUGAUGUCAGGUUAAAGCAAAUCGCCACCAUCAAAUAUUCCAUGCAUCUGAAAACAUUUUAUGCAUUUCAGUGGCCUUUUAAGGAUAUUUUAGUAAAAGAAGUUGAAAAAAAAAAAAAAAGUCACUGCAGAUGGAUUAAUGACCAUCUACUCUGGUUAAGACUUUUUUGUUUUUUUUUUUUUUGUUUUGUUUUUUCUUUAUUUUUUUUUUCCCAUCAUCUUGUAAAAUAGGUGUGUGGCUUAAUACAUGCAAGCUGUGCUGUGACUACCAACCACUGAAGAGUUCAUUAAAA